ACUGCACUGUCCCAAGAUUUCAAUGAGCGAGCCUCCCCCACCCCCUCUGCACCGCGUCACCAGAGCCAGUACCUACCCUUUCUGCUCCUCCUGCGGUACAAAAGCUCUACGCAUGCGAAGUGACUUUCCCUCUUUGUUGUAAGCACGACACAAGAAGUAGCCUAUCAUGGCAGAUGAAGAUUACACCUCUGGGGACUCUGGGGCCUCCAAAACAUUCCCCACGCAGUGCUCUGCAUUGAGGAAGAAUGGCUAUGUCAUGCUGAAAGGACGUCCCUGUAAGAUCGUUGACAUGACUACCUCGAAGACUGGCAAGCAUGGGCAUGCCAAGGUUCACCUUACUGGACUUGACAUCUUUACUCAGAAGAAGUUAGAAGAUAUCUGCCCAUCUACCCAUAACAUGGAUGUCCCACAUGUAACAAGGAAAGACUACCAGGUAAUAGGUGUCUCAGAUGGUUUCUUGUCCCUGUUGGAUGACACUGGCGCAACCAGAGAGGAUCUUAAAGUGCCAGAUGGUGACAUGGGCAAAGAAAUCGAGAAGAAGUUCAAUAAUGGAGAUGAGUUUUUGGUCUCUGUGAUGAAAGCUUUGGAUGAAGAGCAUGUUAUUGGCACCAAGGUCUUGACUUCUUAAUAUGUCUAGGACAGUGCUGGAGACCUCACACCUACUCUCCAUUAUGGCUUUGAAGCUUCACCAAAGCUACUGGCCUUCACCCCACAUCUCCACCAAUUUCCCCCGCUGGUCCACUGAAAUCUGAAAACUGGACUGGGUCAGCUUCUUCAACUGUACCUUGGGCUCAGGGCUGACUGGCAUUCUCGUCAAUCAAUGAAGUUAUCUACCCUUAGCCAUAACUGCUUAACUUUGCAAAGAGUACUGAUUAUCAUUCCAGGCAUUCAGAACAAUAUUCCAGCAAUUCAUAACAUUCUUUUUUAUGCGAGUAUGGGUGACAUGUGUUUUUCUGUAUGUAUUACUUUUUAAAUCACUCCUCCUGUCCUUUUUUUCUGAAUGAAAUAUGGAGCAUUUGAGUUGGCUGUGAACAUGUAUUUUAAAGUUUGUUUACAGUUGAGAUGCUGCAUCUUGCCUUGAACUUAAAAUUAUUUUAGGGGAGAAAUUCUCAACUAGCUGACUUUACACCUCAAGCAAGCGCCAGCUCUACUUGGUACACAGUUCAGAUAACUUAAAAAUAUAUAACUUCAUUGAUGGCUGGAAUAUGCCUUUCUGCCUUUGACAACUUAAACGUAUGCAUUUGCAUGCACACUUAUUAAUUGACAGUUGACUUGUAUACACAUGCCAUAGCAGCCAUGAUUUUAUGUAAACAGCAACAUUAUAGUUACUUAGCCUUUCAACUACAGAUCUUGCAGCAGGAUUUCUACUGCAUCGGGCUGGGUCUCAAUAAGAUCUGCCUUUUGUAGCAGGGAACUCUGCUGUCUCAGCUGUUCUGAAGCAGAACAGGCCUGGACAGGGGUAGUUGGGUGUGGCCAUUUUCUCUUCUAUGCUAUGAAACUUUUUCCUUUCACUUGAGGCCUUUAUGAGCUGACAAAUGUACAGAAAAUUAUUUUCAAAGAACAAAACACUGAAAACCUUUACUAUUAUAGUGUUAAAACAAUUUUAUCUUAAGCAAAUUUCAAAAACAAAUGUUGCAUCAUCACAAUGGUAAAGAUAAUUAUGACCUCUUGGCACACAAUAGUGGAAACAAGAAACCAUUUUUCAUCUUAUAAGAUGUAGCCAAAUGUAGGUUGUGGUUCCAUUGUGGGUUAUCCAAGUCUUGUGAUGGGAGACAUUAGUGCCCAAGAACAGAAUAGAUGAGUGUUACCAUUGAGCUAUGUUUUAGGUUGCAGGUGGGGGAAGGUAGUUGUAGAAAGUAAAUUUGGGGUUGGUAGGUCUGUUUGCAGUUUAAUGGGAUUUUUAAGGGUUUUGUGCAGAGCAAGUUUACACUCUAAGACGUAUUGUGGCUCGCAUGGAUUUUUACGGAAUUAUACUGAAUGGUUGUUACUCAAAGUUUACAUCCACACAAGAAAUUCUUAAUGGGAGACAUCGGGUAAUUGCAGGAAAUCAGAAUGCGUUUACGUGCACUGCAUUAACAUGGUUGCUGUAUAAUCUGCAUUCACAUGCAGGUAGUCAGUUUUCUCCCCUACCUCCUACCAUAAAAUUAAAACUAUUGUAAGUGUAUUAGCAAUAUAUAUGAAGCGCUGCAGCCUGAGUUCUUUUCUUCUCGUUUUUCCUGGUCUGAGCAUUUGGAUCGAUGGUGCAGUGAGGAGGGCAGACUAGUGAAGAAGCCAGUCUUUCAACAGUGCAUGUGUUAAGAAAUUUACAAAUAACCUGCUGUUCAGCUGUCAAAAUUACUUAUUUAGACUAGUUUGUUUUAGUCUGACUUUGGAUUUUGGCUACAAGGGUGCACUAUUAUGAGUUAUGUGAUCAUUCCACCUUCUGCACUGUUGUCAUAGCAAUACUUUUUCCUGAACCUGUACUCCGUGUAAAAACUCUUGUUAGAAGUUCAAUCCCUUACACCGGGUAAGGGAAGUGUUUACAUGACGUUUAUGAAGUCGGAUUACUGCCAAAAGUUGACAAUAAUCAGAAUACUUAAAUGCGUGUAAACACAUUGAUUGUAAUAUUGACAUUGGAAGGUAUUCUGUCCAGCUUUCAAGUUGUCCUUCGUGCAACGGCAGCCGGUCUGUUAUUUUUGUUCUGACUUCAGUCCACAAAAAGUAUUUUUUUACUUGCGUGAAGACACCAAAGUAAUCCACUGAAUGUUUUGUAUUGUGUAUUAAGUUCUACAUGAAUUUUGUUUAGCAUUCCGUUCUUGUUCAGUGUGUGGUGUUUUCGCUGAAUAUCAUGUUAGGAGCUGUGGCAUGACAACUGUGGGUUUCUCCAAGCACUCUAGAUUUUCGUUUAAUGGUACAAAACAACACAACAGUACUCUGAAUUGCAAGGACAAAAGGUGGAAGCCACAAGACUGUACUCAAUGUACAAAUAGUACAUUUCAUUUUGAGUAUUCAUUUCUUUAAACAGGAGGAAAACGCAUUUUACUAGCAAAUGAAUGCUCUGAAAGCAGCAGUAUAGUAGAAACUUGCGCUUCAUUGACCUUGCACCAUGCAGGCCGUUGGGAUGACUUUCUGUGGCAAAUGGGGGCACAUGCAAGACAACUUGAAGUCCCUGCUUGCCUUCAUAAGCACAUAAAUCUUCUCAACUUCAGCCUGCAGUGCCUCAACUUGAUUGGUCAUUCUCGAGGAGUAAUGAGCCCAAAGAGUGUGUACAAUGUAACCUCCCAUAUGCAAAUAGCAGAAAAUGCUUGUUUUGGGGUAGUAAACAAAGCUGUACAAAAGUUAAACUAGGGUGACCAGUGAGCCAACACACAUACGCAGUAGCAUUGUGCUCUUUGGUUGCAAACAUGCCAUUGUGCCUGUGAAAACCAGAUUUAGUUUCUAGUAUACUGCUUCUGUAAAUACAUGGCUAGAUUUCCAAAAGUAUCCAAAUCCUAAUGUCCAAUCAGUAGUGCAAUUUAAGUUAUGAUAUGAGGAUUCUAUUCUCCCUCCGUCUCCACAGUCCUAACCGAAGAUGACCGUCUUCCUUAAGCCAUAUUUGUGCUCUGUUACAUGCGUCUACAACCAAGGUCAGACAUGGGAAAAUUGACUUGCCCUCAGUUCUCUCCAAUUAUUAAGAUGCUCCGGCCUCUGAUAUGUAGCACUAAUUACUACCACACAUCUUGUCAAGGAUCCUUUACCUUUAGCUGUUAUAAGGAGUCUCUCACAUGGGAACUGCAAACAGCACUGACUUCUGAUUCUGUUUGAGAAAAUGUUUACACUGGUUUCACAUGCUGAUUUAGGAUCAUACUGCGAGAAAUAUAACUGCAAAAUGACUGAGGGCAGUGUCAUGAGGGCAGAUUUUCUCAGGGCUCAGUUUUAGGAGAUGUGUUACUGUAACAGUGUCAGUGAGGAUAAUAAAUUACAUUAUUAGAAUGAUUUUUAUUUUGUUUCAUUUGUCUCAAGUCUAUACCAUAUGGUGUUGGAGACAUACAUGAAUUAUAUUUUCAGUUUUUUCCCCCAUAGUCUUUUCUGGCACCUCUCAUCAGAGACAUUAUCUGCUUCACAUUUUCUCUCUUUCUGUCUUCUGCUUAAUUUUUCUUGCAAAAAAACUGUGGUUUAUUUGUAUGUUUAGACCACAGGUGCAGUGUAAUGUGUUCUAACAGGGAAUAGGUGAAUUACUCAGUCUUGUAUACUGUAUGUUCCUGGUGUAUGCUGGGGAAGGGGUUUUGGGGUAUAUCCUCAGCUUGGCACAGGUCUCUUUCUUCCUUUAAUCUCUGAUCUAAACACUUUCUAGGGGAAAUCUGACCUUGAGCCUCUUCUGGAACAUACAGAUACCUGGGCUUCUCUAUUCUAACUAAUGUAUGGCUGCUGUCUUAAAAAUUACAACUGUCUGUUUUUAUUGUGUAGGCAAAAUAAAGUUCAUUCAGAUGUUACUAGCUACAA